AUGACACUGCUAUACUGCUCCCAAGCUGCCCUGCUCGUCCACUUCACACAUGUGGCUCAAAGUAUCGCAAAGUGCUUUGAAAUAGUCAACGCCAAGAUUGAGAUGGAAGUUACAAGCCCUGCCAGUGUUGACGGCUCUCAUGCAAGAUCCACUAUGCAGUCUAAAAUCAAGAAACUGAGGACUCUGAUGAAUACCUACUGGAUGCUGUGUGACGCCGUACACCAGGCUAAUGUCUUCUACUGCGAUCAGCUGAUGUCCGUUACCUUCUCCUCAUUUCUCCACAUCACUGUCACGUCUUACUACUUUUUCCUGCUCCUCAAAACUAGUAAAGUGUUCAUCAUGAUUAAUGAAGGAGCUUGGAUCUUGCUUCACAUCUGCUACGCUGAUGAGACAGGACAGACGAUCUGCAAGUUGAUCAAUAAAGACUUGGACACAAAUCUGAGAAAACAGCUUGAAGGCUAUUCUCCUGCAGUUGCCUCACCACAACGCAAGAUUAUCUGCCCGUGGAUAUUUUUUUCGGUCAACAAUGAGACACUCACAGAGAUCGCUGGAGCGGUGACAACUUACCUGGUGAUACUGAUCCAGUUCCAGACUGGACCAUCAUCCACCUAG